AUGGGUCGCUCCAGCGCUCGUGGCGUCGCGGUGCGGCAUGGCCACAGCGUGGCGCACUGCAGAACAGUGGAAGAGGCCGCGCGGCUGAUCCAGCUGCUGGCCUCCGACAGCCCCGAUGCCAGCGUCCUCGACGGGUUCGAGCAGGGCCUCAGGGGCGCUGGAGAGAAGCUGGGCCUAGGGCGCAAGGCCACUUCCGAGGAGGUGCGCCGAGCCCUGGCCAAGGUCCUCGAGCUACAGGCGGCGGACCAGCGCUACCAGAAGCUCCUGGCGGACACGUCUGAGGAGCAGCGCACGCUGGAGCUGAAGGUCCAGAUGACGGAGGACGAGGCAGCGCAGCUCUCCCACAGGUCGCACGAGCAGAGCCAGAAGAUCUCGCAGCUCGAGCAGGCCCUGGCGGAGCUGCAGGAGCGCCGUGGUGCGGCGGCGGGAACCCUCUCCCCAGCGCGCAGGGCUGAGGGGCGCGCCCCGUUCGCGGAGGUCCCCGCCUUCCCGCGCCUGGCUUCGGGCAGCGGCGUGCAGACGGAGGAGCUCGAGGUCGGCGUCGGGGAGGGGGCGUACGGGGACCAGAAGAGCACCAAGCAGAACCAGGGCAGGCACCUGAACAUAGUGAAGACGGAGGAGCGCAACGGCACCGCGAUGGAGGGCGUCGGCAGCGAGUUCGACGACCAGGGCGGGACGCUGGGCGCCAACGCGGAAGAGGUGAGCACGAAGGGUGGCAAGGACGGCUCCGCGGGCAAGCACAUGCAAGGGGCCGUCGGCGACCAGCAGAGCACCGUGGGGAACCAGGGCAGUCACCUGCGCACCUACGCGACAAAGCAGAGCACCAGCGACGUGCAGGAGUACCAGGCGCGGUGGUGGGCCGCACAAACAACCCCCAGCCGGCGCACGCAGAGGCGUGCGAAGAAGCAGCAGAACCCCGACCUGAUGCAGGAGCAGCAGCAAGUAGCGGACGCAGGGACGUCCAGAUUCACACGUGUGGCAGUUCUCAUCCUCGUGCUGGCCCGCGGCCUAGUCGCCCUCGCUGUGAUUGAGAAUCGAGGAUGGCACGUGUUUUCCGCUCCAGGGAGGUCGGCCCCUGACUGCCACUUCCACGACGGAUUGGUGUGCUUGGCCGAGAUCUCCGUCGACGAGGACGGCAGCGCGCAUGGCUUGGGCCCAGAAGGCGAAGAGUAUGAGUUCGACGAUAGCUACGUCGUCGGCGACGAGAUGGUGUGGCUCCUGCAGUGCACCAAGGGAUCGCCGCCUUGCUACACGUACUCCGAGCUCUGCCUGGCAGCCAGCGAGGAGGAGCACGAGCCCUGGCAGCAGCCCUAA